GGAUGCUGGUUGGCAGAGCAUGCAGUUUUGCACUGAGAGCAAUCGAUCAGUGCUCAGCCGUGCGCUCGCCAAUUGCAACACAAUUGCUGCAGCAAAGAGACGGUACACAUACCUUUACGCCAGCCCAAGAGAAAUCCGCAGAACGACGCGUCCGCGACGCCUGCAGUAGUGCCUCUCAGAGGUGUGCAUUGCACACAAUGCGCGUCGUCGCAUUGCUGUGCCUUGCGCAUGCGUCGGCGCUCGGCCGCAAGAAGAGCAAUGGCCCCAGCGUGAAAGUAUCCGCGACGCUCGCCGUCGACAAAAAGGUCGUCGGCAAGGCCGACGCGUUAUACAAGAAGCGCACGGCCCAGUCGUGCGACGCGGCCGCGAACAUCUAUGAAGCGGAGCUCGAGCGCACGGGCUACGCCGACGCCGAGCUCCUGCUGAAAGCCGCCGACGCCGUGAAUACGGCGAUGCGCAUCCGCACCAAUUCGAACACCAUCACGAUCGACGGCACCGUCGAGACGCCGGCAAAUAAAGCCGUCUGGAAGAAGGACGGCCAGCGGGCCUACGACCUGGCGGCCAAGGGCCUCAAGGCCUCCUCAAAAAUCGACGCGCGGGCCCUCGGCAUCCGCUUCGACGCGUUCAUGUUCUCGUGUAGCCACAAGUCGCUGGUCAAGCAGGCCCUGACGGGCACGGGCACGGCCUACAAGAAGAUGGGCGAGGAACUCCAGAGCAAACACCCGCGCCACGACGGCGACGUCGGCUCGGCCGUCUUGGCGUGCUUCUACCACGUCGCGCCGUGGCCCGUCGGCUCUCCCAAAAAAGCGAUUCAGAACGCCCGAAAAGCCGUGCAACGGGGCGGCGCGACGCUGCGAAACUUGUACUACGUCGCGGUCAUCUCCUACGGCCAGAAGGACUACGCGACGGCCGCCGAGUUCUUCAAGCGCGCGAUCAAGGCGUCUCCAGGGUCGCCCUCGGAGGCGGACUUCGCAGAUUUUAUGAAAAGCGAGUCCAAGCGA